CAUUGUCAGCUUUCUGGACACACAGAGACAGACAGGAUGGAUUUCCUCCGGCUACAUCUCCCUGGGCUGCAUCAGGCCUUGAGGGGAGCACUGGAUUCCUUGAAUACCUUUGUCUCCUACCUUAUGGGAGAUGAGGUCCCUACUGUAGAGAGGAGGGAGGCGCAAGCAGCUGCAGAACUGGGGGAGGUGGCUGCAGGAAGGCCAGAGAAGCCUGUUGAGGAGGAAGCCGAUGAGGCCCUGGAGGGCCUUGGAGGCCACCAAAACAAGGGGGACAGAAGGCUGAGAGGGCCCGAAGAGGCUGGAAGAUGCCAGGAAGAAAGCUCAGCUUCAGAACAGACCUGGGGGUGGGAAGAAGGCAGCUCCCAUGGGUCCCAAGCAGAUGGGCAGGAUACUGGGACCUGGGAGGCAGCCAAGACCUCCAGGUAUCAGAAGCCAAGUGUCCCCUUGGAGAUCGGCAAGGAGUCUGAGGCAGGGUCUGGAGUUGAUCGAUAUAGGAGCAACCAAAUCCAGGAGAGUAAAGAGCCCGAUGAACAGGAAGUGAACAGAGGAGAGACACCGAGAACCAGGGAACAGGAAGAGGAGGAGGAGGAGGCCAGUGAAAGAGAGCCAGGGGUGACUGGGGGGGCGGAGUCAGAGUGGACCUGGCACAGGGAACCUGAGCAGAAAGCCAGUGCUGAUGGGCAAAAGGUAGCCAGUGACAUCAGGGAGACAGAGCAGGCCAUCAGGGAGACAGUUGCAGAGGACAUCUCGGGGCAGGGGGUCAAAGCGGCUGGGAGGGAAGAAGAGGUGGUGGUUAUAGUGAGAGGUGGUCAAAGCACAAAGGCACAGGGGACAUGGGAGCCAGGAGAAGAAUCUGAGAACUGGGAAACCUUGGGCAGACAGAAGGCCAGUACAACCUCAGGCAGGGAAGAGGCAUGGAUAACAUCAGGCAGAGAGGGGGCCGGGACAACCUCAGGCAGGGAGGAGGUCAGGCCAACCUCAGCCAGGGAGGAAGCAUGGAUAACACCAGGCAGGGAGGAGGAUGGGACAACUUCUGGCAGGGAGGAGUCAUGGAUAACAUCAGGCCGGGAUGAGGCCGGGACCACCUCAGGCAGGGAGGAGGUCAGGCCAACCUCAGGCAGGGAGGAGUCAUGGAUAACAUCAGGCCGGGAUGAGGCCGGGACCACCUCAGGCAGGGAGGAGGUCAGGCCAACCUCAGGCAGGGAGGAGUCAUGGACAACAUUAAGCAGGGAUGAGGCUGGGACCACCUCAGACAGGAAAGAGGCUGACUUCCUACGAGCCAGGGAGACAGAAUGUGGGGCAGUCUCAGGAGAAAGGACCCCAGAGGGUACUGAGAGAGGCUGGGUCCUAAAGGAGGACUCCAGGGGAGACCAGGAGGAUGUGGUGGAUGAGAAUAGCGAGGCUGAAGUGAGCCUGUUCCCCAAACAGACCCAGGUGCUGGGAACUGAGGGAGUGGAAGAAGAAGCUAAGGACCAGAUAGGGAGGGAGCUGGCAGAAGGUCAGAGGUCAGAGGGGGAAGUCGGGGAGGGAAUGGAGGACCAGGCAGAUCAAGGUGGGGAAGAAGCCAGGGGGAGGCACAAUGCAGAAAUCAUGACUACUCCAGUCAGGCUGGAAGAGGUGGUACAGGCAGAGGAGGCCAGUGAAGAGAAAGAAAGGUGCUGGGCCACAGAGGCUGAGCUGCUCCAGAACAAAGAGGCAAAGGAGACUGAAGGUGAAGCUGACAUGGAGGCAACCCCAGAGGCCAGGCCUAGGGGGUUCUCAGGGGAGAGGAGUGAGGAGGAGUUUCAGUCAGAUCAGGAGACAUUGGGAGUGGAGUUGGGUGGCUCCAAGCCUGAAGCCACUGAAAGUCAGGAACCUGAGCUGCUGGGAGGCCGCCAGACUCCAACAAAGGAACCUGAGGGAGGACAGGGGUAUAAGGAAGGGCUCUGGGGCAUUCCAGGCCUGAGCAAAGAGGACCUGGAAAGGGGGCUGGAGGAGUACCCUGACACUCUGUGGCAUGUGAAGCCUGAUAGCUCCGAGGCAGAGCAAAGAAGGGACACAGAGGGAGGCGAUGCCCAGGAGGAAAAAAAUGCUGAAGAGGGGGAGGAGGAAGGUGCAGGAGGCCAAGUGCUGGAGGCUGUGUCUACAGGAGGCCGAGAGUGUGCACUGACAGAAAUUCCGGAGGAGGAAGAUGGGGAGAAGAAGACAGCAAAGGAGACAGAAGAGGGAGCAGAGGAGGGAGAAGCCCCUGGAGGAGAGAACCAAGAGUUGGGUGGGAGGCAUGGGGCAGACUCAGGGACAGAUCAGUCAGAUCUGGGAGAAUCUGAUGCCAGAGAAACUAAGGGUGAGGAGCUGGAAGCUGUGAUGCCCUGGGGAACAGACAGAAUGUCAGGGAGAGGCUGGAGCCUGGAGGAGGCCCUAAGCCUCCAGGACACAAUAGCCAGUUCUUUGGUUGCUGAGAUGGUAGAGGAUAAGGAUGCUCUGGAGAGAAGGGCAGCCGAAGAUGACGUUGAGAUUGGAGAUGACGUUGAGGUUGGAGAUGACGUUGAGGUUGAAGAUGACGUUGAGGUUGGAGAUGACGUUGAGGUUGAAGAUGACGUUGAGGUUGGAGAUGACGUUGAGGUUGGAGAUGACGUUGAGGUUGAAGAUGACGUUGAGGUUGGAGAUGACGUUGGGGAAGCCCCGGAAAGAGAGGCUGGGGAUGGUCAGGAUGGGGCACUUGGGAGUAGCUGGGACUCAGAGGGGAGAGAGGAAGCUGGCAGAGGCGAGGAGGUUGUGGAAACUUCAGAGGGAGAGAAUGUUGGUGAGCAGGAGUUUGGCCUGGAGGGCUCAGCAGAGGAGGAGCUGACAGGUAGAAAUGGCCAAGCAGAGUCUCUUGAGGACAGAGGAGGCGAGCCUGAGGGAGAGCGGAUAGACGCUGGGGAAUCUGGCUUGUCAGAAGGAAGCUGUGGGGUGGGUGGCUUUACCUUGGGCUCUCAGGGGACAGGGACCGAGGAGACUGUGACCAUAUUAGAGGCUGAGGGGCUCCAAGGAGGGCAGUUGCUGUUGGAGAAAGAGGCAGGGGAUUGGCAAGUGGGGGAUCAGGGACAAGGAAGUGAGGGGCAGUGUGGGGACCACACCCCUGAGAGGGAGGCACGAAGGUCCCUGGAGGUGGAGGAUGUUAAGGUGACUGGAGACUGGAAGGCAGAGGUGGAAGAGAUUGAUCCGGAAGGCCUAGAGGAUGUCCAGGGCCAGGAGGGCCAACCAAUGGUCCAGAUCCUUGCAGAGGUGGAGCCUGAGCUCCGUGGGGAGGCCGAAGGAAGUGCCGAAGGAGAUGCUCACGGCAGCUGGUAUGAGGCCCUGCUCCCUGGCUCUCGUCUGGAUGUCUCUGUCCCGCGGAGCCGUGUACUCCUGUUCCGCAGCUCUUCACAGCGUCGCUCCCGACCCUCUUUGCGUCGGACCCCUGCCCCUGAGCAGCAAGAGCAAGAUUCCAGCCCCCCAUCAGAAGAAGGGUUGUCAGCCCCUGAGCAGCAGCUUCCUCAGCCCAUGGAGCCCCGAGAGCCAAGUCCCCCCAGGCCAGAACAGACCCCAGUGCCAGCCAGGAGAAGGCCCCUGGGACACGGGUUUGGCCUUGCACACUCCGGCAUGAUGCAGGAACUACAAGCCAGGCUGGGCCGGCCAAAGCCCCAGUGAUGAGAAACCGAGAUCCCUGGAGCCAGGCCCCAAGUGAGAUCCUGUGUGAACCCUGCUCAGACUGACUCCCAGGCCACUUUCCAGCCUCUGGGCCUUAGUUUCUCUGUGUGUCAAUCAUGGAGCAGAUGGAACCAGACAUUUGCAAGAACAAUGACCUUCAGGAGCCUGAUUUCUCAUGCGGCUGACAGACUACCUGGCCCCCAGGACCACCUCUCACAGCCGCCUGGACAACCUCCACAACCUGCCUCAGCUAUCUGGAAGACUAUAAGGGAAUAAGACCCUUCUCUCCAUAGCCUUCCCUCUGACUGCCCCCACUACCCCCCUAGGCCUUCAGCUGUGUAGGAGUAACGCAGACCUCAGGGGUUGAAGCCAGUCCAGAUAAAAGGGGUCAGGUGGGUAUAAGAAGCUCUCUUUGUAAUCAGAGGUUGGUAGGAAACACAUCAGCACCCUGAAAUUUCCAAAAUGGGAGCUCAGCCUUAGAAAUCUGCUGUUUGCUAUGGCAACUACCAGUGGAGCAAGCCAGAGGGAGAAAGGUGGGCCAAGAACCUCCAACAUUUAGAAACCGAGAGGGGUUCAGGUUCACCAGAGGCUGCAGACUCCAUUCCAGGCCCUCUCGCUCUGUGUAAAGACACCCCCUUCUCUGAAAAGAAGCUGAGACAGAGAAACGAUGAGAGUGUUUUAUUGGGCACCCAGCAUGGCAGCCUAGCCCGAGGACGACCAGCGGGCCCUGGAACAAUAAAUAAACCAUCACUUUCCUCAACAAUAAAUAAAUAUCCAAGAAAUAAAUAUCUGGC